AGGCGUCCACCACAAUUUAGCCUUGCCUUUCUCAGCAAACCAACCGCUUUCACUGCACAAACAACUCUUUUUCCAGCUUCCACUGCUUUCACUGCCUUCAUUCUUCUCUCCAUUACCCCAUAUUUUCUAAGAUUACAUCAUUUUCGAACAAAAUCUCCUCCAUUUUUUUGCAACCAUCUGCACAAGUUUCACCAGAUCCCAGGAAGUAAAAUCUAUUCUGCAUUUUUGCAACACUCUGAAAACCUAGUCAAAAGUCUUUUUUGUUUCCCCAGAUUCUCUCCAUAAUCGUUUUUUCAAUUUAGCUUUUUGGAUUUUACUCUCCUUCUUCCAAAAGAUUCGAUUCUAGAUGUUGGUUUUCUGCUUUUAUAACUAUUGCAUCUUGGUUUUUACUUUACAUAUAUGUAAUUAAUGAAAAUUGAUCUUGAAGGUACGUAGCUGACAGCAAUUCGAGGAGAAGCCUUAGCAACAUUGUUACUUUUUUCUUUCGUCGCUCAAAGUCACUUAAGCAAGAUUAUUGCAUCAUUUUGAUAAAAUCAACUGCAUUUUUCUGUCUCUCAGAAGCAGAAGUUUAACACCAGCAGCUAGAAACUUCCGAGCAAUCUGUGGAGAAGCGUUUCACUAGGCAACUCCCUUUGCUGCUCAACAUUAAAAAAGAAAAAGAAAAAAUUAGGCAUAUCCCUUUCUGUUUUCAGUCUAAGGUCAUUUGGGGAAAGCACUAACCAUUUAAGCGAGCUAGAAAUUCCGAGCAAUCCGUGGAGAAGCGUUUCAGUACGCCCCUCCCUUUGCUGCUCCAGAAAAAAAAAAGGGGGAAAAAUUAGGCAUAUCCCUUUCUGUUUUCAUUUGAAGGUUAUUCGGGGAAAGCACUAGCCAUUUAAGCGAGGUAGAUUUUCAUCUUUAAAUUAAUUAAUUUGUACAAUUGAUUAAUGUUGCAUUCAUUAAAUCUGCACAUAACAAUACACACACACUAACUUCGGAGUCUAGAUACAUAGUAGUCCAAAGCCAAAUCCUCGUUUUUUUUUUUUUUUCCAAUCUACUUCUUAACGUUUCUUUGUUAAGCAACCUAAUAACAAGAGUUUCCUAACUUGUAUAACCACCGGGAUUGAUUUUUCAAGUUCUAAUUUUUAAUCUCUACGUUUAAUUAGCAUACUCAAAGAAAAAGAUUAAAUAAUUUACUAAAAUUAAAUUCUAAAAUACAAAUAUAUCAAAUAGAGGAAGAUUUUAUUUGAAGAAGUGUAAAGGAAACUACAACUCAUGUACAAAACUGGUGUUGGAUACAUAAUUGAAGCACAGAAUUAAUUUGGCAUAAUAUAACUUUUGAAUAUCAAAAGUUUAAUAAACGAAAUUCUCCUUUGAAACUCAUGUUCAUAGGAUUAAAAAAAAUUCAAAAUAAGAUAACUAAAAUUUGAUCGUUUUAGUGGCAAAAGGGCAGAUCAGACCCUAUACUUAAAACAGAAGCUUUUAAAUCCUCUAACUCUUCUAAUGGUGGCAAAUGACCCCUAUUUCUACAGAUUAUUUCAGAAACUGUUAUCUCUCCGUUUAUGUUUGCUUGGGCGGCAAUUUUUUGUCCCUCCUAUUUCAAUGAUUAGCUGUUGAUGAUGAGUUCAGUGCAAAGUUCUAGCACAUGCAAACAGAAAGGGUAAUAAAAAAUUAAUGAUUGCAUCAAUUUGGUGAAACCUACAUCAUAUUCUUCAAUUUACAUUUUCAAUAUUCUCAAAGACUCAAAUUGAAGAAGCACAAUUUUCAGGCAGCAGGCAACUUUUGUGGAGAAGUUUUUGUCAGGCGCAUUGGUUGAUCCUUACUCUAGUGGGCUGGAGAAAACACUAGCAAUUUAAGUGACUGCGUUAUGGACUUCGUGGGACUAAUUAUUGAAAUAGUGUAUUCUGUUGGCCGCAUUAUUGAAAUAGCGAAUGAUGUUCGCGGAUAUCUGGAAGAUCAGAUAAAAUUCAAUGAGUCUCUCGAAGAAUUCUACAGGAGGAAAGGUGACUUACCCAAUCGAAGGGAUGACAUUGAAUCAAAAUUGCGCACAGAGCUUCGCCAUGGGAAGGUUGCUAAGCGGGAAGUGCGAAGAUGGUUGAACGAUGCAGAUGCGUUUUUCGCAAGACCAGCGGUUGAAGCUGAAGUGAAUGGUUGGGGAUGGCUCUCAUUGUAUUAUCGAGUAGAGAUUCUAAAGGAAAGGGUUCAGGAAUUGGAGGAAAUCUAUGAAAGAGGGGAUAGAUACACUGAUGAGUGUUUGGUCAUUGAUGAUCCAUCAGCUUCGGGGGUUGAAUUGACAACAUCAGAGUUACAAGGCAGUGAGGCUGUUAAAACAAAUAUUUUGGCAUGCUUGAAGGGAGGAAAGGUGACAAUGCUUGGAGUUUGGGGGAUGGGGGGAGUCGGGAAAACAACAAUAAUGAAGCAUGUCCAUAAUGAACUGCUAAAAGAAGGUAAAUUCAAGAAAAUAAUUUGGGUAACUGUGUCACAAAACUUUGAUAUCCCCAAAUUGCAAGAUCAAAUUGCAUGCAGCUUGAACUUGAAGGAAAAGUUGGAAAAGCUUCAAAAUGAAACUAUUCGUGCAGGAGUGUUGUCAGAGAUGCUAGAGGAACAGAAGCCUUACUUGCUGAUUCUUGAUGAUGUGUGGAGUAGUUUCAGACUUGAAGAUGUUGGAGUUCCUGAGCCAAAUGCAACUAAUGGCUGCAAGUUAGUAUUGACUACACGGUUACAAGAGGUUGCUCGUUUAAUGGAUUGUAGAAGAAUAUUCCAAGUGAAGACUCUUUCAAAAGUUGAAGCUUUAAAAUUGUUUUUAAAUAAAGUUGGAGAUACUGCUUUAUCAUGUCCAGGAGGAGGUAUUAAAAGGGAUUUAGAAUCAACUUUGAAGGACAUUGUGGAUGAAUGUGAUGGUCUUCCAUUGGCACUUAUUACAGUUGCUGGCAGUUUAAAAGGAAUAUCUGGGUCACGGUUGUGGAGUGUUGCACUGAAUCAAUUGAGAGAUUGCAAAAGAAAUGUGGCAGGUCCAGAUAAUGCUGAUGCAUUUCAGAUAUUAAAGUUCAGUUAUGAUCGUUUGAAAGACAAACAGAUCGAAGAUUGUUUUUUAUAUUGUGCAUUGUAUCCUGAGGAUUACAGGAUUUUGAAGGAGGAAAUAAUUGAAUAUUGGAUUGAUGAGGGGUUUAUAGAUGAAAUGGACACUCGGCAAGCAAUGAAGGAUGAGGGUUAUUAUAUUUUGACGAAGCUUGAAGAAUGUAGCUUGUUGGAAUUGAUUAGAGAGGAAUAUGAAGGAGAUUGUGUGAGGAUGCAUGAUCUUAUUAGAGAUAUGGCCUUGCACAUUACAAAAACGAGUCCUCGGUUCUUGGUAGAAGCUGGCAAGGCAUUGAAAGAGCUACCAGAGAAGGUAAAUUGUGCAGAAGGUGUUCAAAAGGUUUCAUUAAUGUGUAACUAUAUUAAAGAAAUUCCAUCGAGCAUGGCAUCUUCAACAUGCAAAGGACUCACAACCUUGUUGUUGGCCAAGAAUGAUUUGUCAACAAUUUCAGAAUCUAUCUUUGAGCAUAUGCCAGAGCUAAAAAUUCUUGAUCUGUCCUUCAAUAAAAAGCUAAGCAGCCUACCAAAUUCUGUCUCUAGCUUGGUGAAGCUUACUACAUUGUUGUUGGAAUCAACAGGCCUAAAAAGUGUACCAUCUUUAUCAGGCCUUGGAUCCUUGAAAAAGUUAAACCUUAGGGGGACAAAUAUCAAAGAAGUCCCUGAAGGCCUGGGAAUGUUGAAGAAUUUGAAAUGCCUUUUUCUUUGUGGAUCAGACCAUGGAAAGAUUCUUAAAAUAGAUGAGAUAGCAGAUGGAGUAUUAUCAAAUCUCUCCAAACUUCGGGAGUUAAUUGUAGAUAGGAGCAGCAUAAUAUUGAAGGGAGACGACGUUGGGAGAUUGAACAAGUUGGAAGUUUUUUAUGGCCGAUUUCCCACUGUGAAUGACGUGAGAAUCUUUCUUAAAUCUCAGCCUAAUAAGCUGAAUAGCUAUGUUAUUAUUGUUGGAAGCAAUUUGGAUCACUUUGAGGAGGAAGAGAUUUAUGAAAGUCUAGAAGGGUUAUCAAGAUAUGAGAAAAUAAUGCUGUUCCGGGAGACUAGUAUUGUUGGAGAGAAUACAUUAUGUCCCCCCGUCCAAUUCUUACUUAUUUGUUAUUGCCACAACAUAAGAAGCUUAAAUGAUUUUUCUGAAAUUAAAGAUAUAACAGAUUUGAGGAGAUGUGUGAUUCGGGGUUGUGGAGGCAUGGAGUGGAUUCUUUCCUCGUGGAUAAAUAGCAGAGUCGUCCAAACCCUUGAGUAUCUAGAACUUUGGAAUUUGCACAAAUUGGAUGGGCUGUUUGAAGCAAACGUCAUGGCGACGUCAUCACCUCCACCUAGGGCUUUUUCAUCUCUCCAAAAAGUUCAGAUUGGGAGAUGUAAAAAAAUAAAGAACUUGUUUUCAUCUUGGAAGUUGGUGGAAUGUCUCAAAAAUCUUGAAGAUCUCUAUGUCAACAACUGUGAAGAAAUGGAAGAAAUAAUAGCAUCAGAUCCAGAAGAAGAAGGAGAAGAAGGAGGGGACAUCAUCAAGAAGCUCAUUCUUCCAAAAUUUAAAAAGCUGACAUUGAAAAAAUUGCCAGCAUUGAAGAGCAUCUGUAGCAGGAAGGCAGUAAUGGUAUGUGAUUCUCUUGAAAUGAUUGGAAUUUGUGAUUGCAAGGGCCUAAGGAGGAUACCUCUUUCUCUUCCCGUGGUUGAUAACGCCCAACCAUCUCCUCCUCCUUCCCUCAAAAAAAUCAACAUGUAUCAACGAGAAGAGGAAUGGUGGGAAUCGUUGGAGUGGGACCAUCCCAAUGCAAAGGAUGUCCUUCGACCCAUGGUUCAAUUUUUUCCCGAUAAUCACCUGCUUCAAUAAUCAGAGUCGGAACAUUUGGAAUCGGUGGAUUAUCCACAAGAUUGAAAGGAAGUCGAUUUAUUCAGCCAGUCUGUUGCUUUUCGUUCCGGGCUUCAAAGGAUGUCCUUUCUACUACCCUUGUGUGGAUUGUUUUAGUGUGAUUCUUGUGUUUUCAUAUGCUGUUUGUAACUUAAUUGUGUUGAAAAUUGAUUUAGAACACCAUAUGUAUUCUUAUGUAUUUUCUUGCAUUGUUAUAUAUCUUGGUUGUACUAUGGUCCAUGUACAAACAUAAAUAUGUGUUUUCAAUCUAAUCUUUGAUAAAUUAACUGGAGAGAAAGCAGGAAUUCCACCCACAACAAUCAACUCACGAAUUCAUU